ACCUUUUGACAGGUAGAAGAUACCUCUCGUUAACGAACCGACGACCUUAUGAAUCGCCAUCCAUCCACCUCCUGACUCUGGGGCUGUUUUGCAAUCCCAAAUUGAUCCGGGCCGUCUUUCCACACACGGCGGGCGCAGUUGCUCACCCUGUUCGGCGUGAGGCCGCUACUUUCCACGAAUGGACUUGAUGACCUCAGCAAACCGGGCAGGCAAUGUAAAAGCUUCGUCAACUGCACCAACGCGUGUCCGUAAAAGUUCAAGACCGAGACCUUCACCUCCAGCCUUGCUCCGCGAAUGUGUUGAAACAGUGUUAUGCCUCUGCGCCUGUGCCAUGUAUGGUCGGCUGCAAACUGUGGUUGGCAAGCAGCAAUGUAUGUUCGCAGAGGGUGGGAUAUGGAGAAGCGAUGCGGUGGAGAUAAUACCAGACUGUUCCUGUGCAGUUAGUAGUAAGGGAAACGCUACUUAGCAGUGGACAGCAAAAGACCAGAUCUCCUCCCGCUCUG